ACUUGCGACAUACCUAUACUAACACCGAUGGACGGUUUUAGAACGAUGAGUUCUAUCUAACUCCUCUUCCUCCCUACCUAUUUUAUGACGGUGUUGUGAUCGCCUGCGCGCGCAUGUUGGCGCCACCAGAAACCGAGCGUCAAGCUGAGAUAAGUAUUUCUCUUUGCUGGCGCGGCGGCCGAUAUUCGACGGCAUUUCAUUACACGUCCCUCAUCAUCAACGUUCGGCCAUCUCUCACUUCACGAGUAGGUGAUCUAAGAGUGCUCUAAGAAAGAUGGGAGACGGUUUGAUAUUUCAUCUGGGCUGCCUUCUGGCCUGUAUAACCCUGGUGAUUGGGUACAAUAUUCAGAACGUCAACAAACAUGAUGUUGUUGAACAAACGAGAGAAAGGCGAGGUGAUCAUCAACAUCGAUCUCGGCGCGCUUCUAGAUAUAGAAAUGUGAUAUUAGAAGAGAUCGGCUGGGACAUCUCGGCCAAACAUCAUCAUGGCUACUACCAUCCCAGUAUCUCCAUAAAUGUCACCUUCCAAACAUCAAGGGCGGGCGAUAACAUCAAAGGACGAGGUCUCUGGAAGAUUGGUCUGUUUCGAAGUCUAUAUCGAGAUGGGUUUGGUGAUCGGGCUGGGCCGUACGUUUAUCAACUUCUUAGCGAUGAGGAGGCUUCAAUGGGAGUCCGUACUGGAAGACCAUAUCAUUUUACAAAUCUCCAAACAGUGUAUGAUUUGAAUGAGGUAGGGUGCGAUGUCGAAUUCCAUCAUCUGUGUAUGGAGUUCACACAAGGUGAUAGCCCAAGUCCAUGGUACAAUCUCACUAUUGUAUCCAUAACUGGAAGUGCAGUACUAUGUACUGAGAUACCCUGUUUCGGCCGAACCGGUCCAGGGGUGGAUAGAAGAUGUCGCCUCCCUUGUCCGGAAGAUGAACCUGUUUGUGGAAAUGACGGAAUCACCUAUCCCAGUUCAUGUGAGGUUGACAACUUGAUCAGAUGUCUGUCACGGGAUGUAACAAUAGCUUACUACGGGGAAUGUCGAAUAGGAGUUAUCAUGGAGAGUAUGUUUUGGUCUGCCAGUGUUGUAGACAAUGAACCUGGUGAACUGACUGAACUGGAAAUGGAAGCGUUCCUCUUUGCCAACGAGUCCAGUGAGAGUGUGGCUGGAACAAAUCUAUGGCGUAUGGGAGUAUUUGGCAGCAUGAAUGUCGAUGGAACUGGACCGAAGUUUGGUUAUGUACCACAGAUUCUUGAUGAGACUGCUGCAAGUCAGGUAUUAGUUUCUGGCCUCCCACUUCCAAUCAGAGCCCGGUUCCAUUUUGAUGUGGCAACAAUCGGCUGUAAUGAAUUUGAUUUUAUGUGCAUGGAGUUUACUCGUGACAAUGCUGCCGAACCAUUCUUCCCAUUCCAGACCAAUAGUGGAAAGGACACCUUCACAAGUUGUCGAGUCGCGCCAUGUGAUCCUUUAGCCAGCUUAAAUCGUAUGGCAGUUGGACCAGUGACUUGGGGUAUAACAGUAGCAACCUUCCGUCGGAGUGCACCCAGUGAUAUCGUAUUGGACGUGCUGGUCCAAAUCACUCCUGACAGCGAGUUAAUUCAAGGGAAUGGGCUUUGGCGGAUAGGAUUAUUUGGUAGUCCUUUGGCCAAUGGAAGUUCUUCUGAGAGGUUUAACUACGUCCGACAGCUCCUUGACCCAGCUCUUGCAUCCUUACCUAUUACACCUGGCCAAAAAAUUAACUUUCCUGCUCUUCCUGCUCAAUUCAAAAUCAUUGAACUGGGUUGCUCCAGGUACAAGUACAUCUGUCUAGAGAUUGCCAAAGGUGAUGAACCACAGCCAGACUUUGUCUUUCACAAUGACCAACAGAAGCCUCUCAUCUUCUGCAAAUCUGUGUCUUGUCCUGGUCCCCCCAAACCUGUUGUGCGGCUGCUUAGUCUUGACUGGAAUUUAGGCCUUAUCACGCAUCGCAUUGGUAGCCCAAGCAAUGUCAGCAUCAUCGUUUCGAUCGCUACUUCAGAAAGAUCUUCACCUGUCAAUGGUACUGACCUGUGGAAACUUGGAUUCUUUACAAGCGGUGAUGCUAAUGGAGUGGGUGGCAGGAGAGGCCAGUACAAAGAACAGAUCCUAAGCCAAGCAGAUUCUUCACAUCCCAUCAUUCCCGGGAUGCCACUGAACUUUGUUGAUGUUCUCACUUCAAUUGACAUAACUGGUAUGGGAUGUGCAGGGUCCAACUUCAGUUACACCUGCAUUUCUUUUGCGAAGGGAGAUGCCGCAGACCCAGACUUUGACUUACCAUUACGUAAUGAUGAAGCUGUUUCCUGCAAGAGAAUUGCUUGCCAAGCUGCACAAUCUCAAAGGUCGGCCAUAUUUCAGGCAACAUCGGUGACCUGGGAGUAUUUGGAUGACAGCUCUGCAAUAAAAGUGAGGAUGAGGCUGAUCCCAGAUACCGGUCAUGAAACAAUCUCUGGAAGAAAUCUUUGGGAAAUGGGUGUAUACGCCUCGGAUCCACCUGAGAACAGAAACCCGACGAAAUACGGAUAUGUUGAAAACAUACUUGAUGGACGUGUUAUGGGUACGACAAGCUACCGGGAUAGAGAGCUUGAACUGGUAGGAUCAACGCCUUUUGAACCACUUAAUCGCUAUCUAUGCAGUGACUCUAGGCCCCGCCCAUAUCUUUGUGUUGAGGUGAGAAAGAACCCAAGGGCACAGCCACCGUUCAGUCUCCUAGCCACAGAUGAGCGCAUUAGACAGUGCAAUCUGUUCAAUUGCCAUGCUGUUUCUGUUAAUGUCGCCAACUACAGAAGUAUGCGCGCUAGCUACGGUGUAGAAAGUGCACCCGGUGAAAGGGCUGUUCCUAUAAGGGUUAAUUUGAUGGUAACCCCUGGUGAUUCAACGAAAACAAUUACUGGGAAUCGAUUGUGGAAGGUGUCCGCUUUCGGAAGUGCAUCUCCUGACGGCAGUGGUUCAAGGAGAAGCGAAAUACCAAAUAUCCUGGAUUCAGAAUCCCAGCGUGUUUCCAUGCGACCAAGUCAGGAGAUGACAUUGAGUGGAGAUGUAGGGCUGCCUUUAGCUGAACAUGUGGGUUGCAGACCUGGCUAUGAGUACCUCUGCCUAGAAUUUGCUCGUGGAGAUAAUCCCACCAUGACAUUUUCCAUGAAUUCCAAUGUCAUGUGCCGACAAAUGGACUGCCAACCUGUUGGAGAUACUUCGAGGAGGCCUAAUACUGGUAACACCGGUAGUACUGGCCACACCGGUAACACUGGUAGUUCUGGUAACACUGGGAAUGCUGCUGAUACAGCCAGAUGGCAGCGGAUGGGCGCCAAUUUACAGGGGCUUGGAAGUGACACCAUUGGUGCUUCACUGGAGAUACAUCCUCAUGACACUACUUCAAGGAUCACUGGAAGUGACCUGUGGAGGGUGGGAGCUUUUGGAAGUUCAAAUAGAGAAGGCACUGGAAGCAGAAAAGGUCAAAUACGAAACAUCCUUGAUGACCGAGCCAUGAGGACGUCUAUGGUACCUCGUCGUCCAAUUACUCUGUCUGGGGAUAUUGGUACUCCCUUGAGUAGAAGAUUGGGCUGUCUCCGUGGCUAUGAGUACCUGUGCCUUGAAUUUGAUAAAGGGGAUAGACCUUCUAUGCCAUUUAACAUGGAAUCAGGCAUCAUGUGCCAAGAAAUGCCAAGUAUAAACUGUGACACUUCAGACACAGGACAUGAAGUGGAAUCUGGAACUGUUGCUAGGUGGUCUCAAAUCGCCCCUGGUUACAGAAGGAAUCGUAACCGGGUCACUGCCACAGUAGACGUAACCCCUCAUCCUGAUACAGACUUAAUCCAUGGCAAUAAUCUGUGGAGGGUUGGAGUCUUUGGUAGUGAGCGUUCAGACGGAUCUGGACGAAGGAAUGGAGAAGUCCGAGACAUCCUCGAUUACUCUGGGCGUGGCCGAACCCUUCAGCCUCCGAGAGGAAGCAAUCAAAACAUCAUCGAGCUCUCUGGUUCUUUCAAUUUCCCUGAUGGAUGCACAAGAGGAUACCGCUAUUUGUGUAUAGAGUUUGAUAAAUCAGAGAAUCCCAGCAUGGAUUUUUCCAUGAGUCGGCCAGAUCCAGGCUGUAUGGAACAGCAAUGUGAUGGACCCAGGGUAGAUCCAGGGGGUUCUGGUACAAGUGGUGGUAGCGGUGGUAGCCAUACUGGUAGUAGUGGUGGAAGCCAUGGAGAUACAUCAGUUGAAAUCACUGGCCUGUCAUGGGCACCAGUGAGGAGUCGUGGAAGUAAUUUCUUUGACUCUGCGGAAGCUACCGUCAACCUGAACUUUGAACCAGGCCCGACAUUCGAAGGUUCAAAUCUGUGGAGGAUGGGAGUUUUCGCAAGUCCUGAUUCUGAGGGCCAGACAGAUCGACAAGAUGAAACCGAGCAGAUCCUCAGUAGUGCAGACAGAUCAAGGACCAUUCAACAGAGAAGGGGAAAUACAUUCCAAAUAAGCAAUCCUCGUGUGAAUAUCUCUGAUGCUGGAUGUGAAGGAAAGAUCUACUUAUGUUUUGAGUUUGGCCAGGCCAGGAAUCCCAACCCGUCCUUCAGCAUAUCAGGCCCGCAUGGUAAUGGACAGACAAGGAUAUCAUGUAAAAGGCAGACUUGUAGAAUAACAAAAUCAGUUUAUGUGAUGAAGGUCACCCCAACCUCAUCUAACCCUCAGAUUGUAGCACAGGAUGAUAAUGAUGUACGAUUUAAUGUCGAGGUCAGAUUCGAUCGGCCGAGGACUAUGAGCAUUACGGGUACUGAUCUCUGGAGAAUGGAGGCCUGGGCUUCAAAUACCAAUAGAGCAAGUGGAAGGAAACUAUCUCACUCCACACAGAUCCUGAAUAGUGACUUUGUACGGGAUACUGUGGUCACCAAGGGUACCGACAGUUCAAGGAUUGGUGACUUUUCGUUUACGAACCUCGAACAUAGAAUUGAUAUGAGACCCGAUGUGACAUGUAAGCAAGUGAAGUUCCUAUGUGUCAAGCUGCAUAAGGACAAUCCACACCCAGAUUUUGAACUUCAAGUGAGAGAUAACAACCCUGAUUUCCUCAUGGGCUGCCUCAAACUCCAGUGUGAAGGUGUUAACAUGACUGCUGAUUUGCUCUCCACCUCAUCACCCUCUCGUGGUAUUGUCCAUCCCACAUCCCUUCCUUCCCUUCACCCUUCCCCAAUUCCUUCAAAUCAAACAGCCGCGUCCGAGAAGAUGUUCGUGGUCAAUAAUAUAGGAAUAAGUCGGGAGGUGAACUCAGCUGUGCAGUCUGGUAGGAACAAUGACAUGCUCCUCAACUUGAAUGUGGUUCAUGACAGAGGAACCUCUACCGAAGUCACCGGACAACCAGGGUGGGCUGUUCAAGCUUGGGGCAGUUCCAAGAAAAACGGAAAGAAGGCCAAAAUUUCUCCCGCUAAUCUAAAUCUUGGGGCGGAAAGACAGCAGAAUUUCGACAGGCGAACCCCGGUCAGAUUCAACAGGAUUCCCUACACUCUUGAUCUGAAUGAUGGCUGUCAAAACGUAAAAUACUUGUGUGUGAAGCUCUCAAAAACAGGACCUGGCUUCACCCUGAAGGGUAGACCAAAUAGUAAAGCUCUCACAUCAUGUACAGCUUUGACAUGCAUGGGAGAUCAAGGUAGUACCCCUUCUAGAGAUACUGGUCGUGGACAAGGUGCUGGACAGGCUGCUGAACGCCCUCGAGUGGAAUGGGAAUCAUUGGCUACUAACAUGAACUAUCCACUGACGACUGGAGAGGUGAAAGUGACCAUGGACGCCACCAUGGGAUUCACAGCGAAUUCUGGAGUGCCUUCUGGUCCUGGACUGUGGCACAUGGCAGUCUAUGGCAGCCGUGAAGAUUCUGAUUCUACUCAUGAUAAGUUUGGAUAUACUGGCAACGUUCUAACACCCAAACAGGCCAAGACCCGCAUUGCACCUGGAAGGUCUACCACUAUCAGCGGAAUUUCAUUCAGAAUGGAUAUGUCUAGAAUCAUGGAAAGCUAG